UUUCUAGGAUGAUGAAACUUGCCUGUGGACAUAAUGAUAAUGUACCAGGGCGUUGAAAUCUAGGGUGCAUGUAUUCAAGUUUAAUUAACAGCUUGAGAAGUUUGGCCGGAAUAAAUCUUAAUAUAAGGUGCUUUAAUGUUUGUCAGUUAGCAAUGGCCGCCACAGAUGUUUUGAAUGAGUUCAGAAAGUCGGUGAAAGAGCAGGGUGAUCUUGUGAGGAAAUUAAAAGCUGAGAAAGCACCUAUCACAGAGAUUGAUGUUGCUGUUAGAGAAUUGAAAGCAAGAAAAAGGAUUCUAGAGGCAAAGGAACUUGAAUUAGAAGCACCUGGAGAAAAAUUUGAUAGAGGCAAAUGUGAGGACCUCUUGAAAAGAAGAUUCUUUUACACUCCAGCAUUUGAAAUAUAUGGAGGUGUUGCUGGCUUAUAUGAUUUCGGCCCUGUUGGUUGUGCUAUGGAAACAAAUAUUAUAAAUAUUUGGCGAUCUCAUUUUGUACUUGAAGAGCAAUUCCUAGAAGUUCGCUGUACGCAGUUGACACCUCAUCAAGUACUCAAGGCUUCUGGUCAUGUUGAACGAUUUACCGACAUCAUGGUUAAAGACUGCAAGAAUGGAGACUGUUUUCGAGCUGAUCAUUUGUUAGAAGGCCAUAUUGAAAAGUUGAUGCAAGCAAAGAACCUGGAUUCAGAGAAAAAGGCAGAAUACCAGAAGAUUUUGAAUCAGAUUGACAAUUUUAGCAAAGAUCAAAUCUGGGAAAAGCUUCAACAUUACGGGGCGAAAGCUCCUGUAACAAACAACGAUUUAACGGAACCCGUUGAGUUCAAUCUAAUGUUUGCGACAUCAAUCGGUCCAGGAGGCUACUUACCUGGAUUUAUGCGACCAGAAACAGCUCAAGGUAUCUUCUUAAAUUUCAAACGACUUCUGGAGUACAACAAUGGCAAGUUGCCUUUCGGUGGAGCUCAAAUCGGUUGUGGAUUUAGAAAUGAAAUUUCACCUCGUGCAGGACUUUUGCGAGUUAGGGAAUUUUUAAUGGCUGAAAUCGAAUACUUUGUCGAUCCCGAAUGCAAAGAGCAUUCAAAAUUCGAAUCAGUUGCAGAUUUGCACGUGAAACUCUUCUCAAAGGAGAGCCAAAUGUCAGGGGAACCAGCUAUUGAUGUUAGUUUGCGAGAUGCCGUUGCCAAGGGUAUCAUCAAGAACACCACUGUUGCUUAUUUCCUCGGUCGAAUUCAUUCAUUCAUGCUAAAGGUUGGCGUAGACAUAAACAAAAUGAGGUUUAGGCAACAUAUGGCAAACGAAAUGGCUCAUUAUGCAUGUGACUGCUGGGACUGUGAGCUCAAAACAUCUUACGGUUGGAUCGAAUGCGUCGGCUGUGCAGACAGAGCAUGUUACGAUUUAACGCAACAUUCGAAUGCAAGUGGCGAAAAACUCGUGGCACAAGUUGAUCUGCCUUCUCCAAUAUCAGUCGAUGUCACUGAAGCAGUAAUGGAUAAGGCAGCCAUUGGCAAAGCAUUUAAGAAAAAUGCAAAGGCAGUAUCGGAUUUAAUUUCAAAAAUGAAGUCAAGCCAGAUUGACGAGCUAGAAAAUGCACUCAAUGCCAACGGGACUUACACUCUAAAAUCUGGUAAUGAAGAAUUUCAAAUUGAAAAGAAAAUGUUGAAACAAGUCAAGAGAUUUAAAAAAGAUGUUCAUGUUCGUGAGGUAGAGCCUCAUGUUAUCGAGCCAUCCUUUGGAAUUGGAAGGAUCAUGUAUUCCGUCUUGGAACACAACUUCAAAGGACGUGAAGGAGAUGAGCAGAGAAAUUGGCUAUCCUUGCCAUCAAUGGUUGCUCCUGUGAAAUGCUCGGUGCUUCCUCUGAGCAAAAACCAAGAGUUCAACCCAUUCAUCCGUCAAAUUUCUGCUGCCCUGACCGAGUUAGACAUAUCGUGUAAGACUGACGAUUCUGGCGGCUCCAUUGGCAGGCGGUAUGCAAGGACAGAUGAGAUCGGUAUACCAUUUGGCAUCACUGUGGAUUUUGAAACCGUAAGUAAAGAGCCAUGUACUGUGACGCUGCGUGAACGAAACUCGGCACGACAAGUGCGAUGCGAGAUUGCUGUCGUGGCAAAUGUGGUCAACGAUCUGAUUCAUGGAAAGACAACUUGGGAAGAAGUUGAGAAAAAGUUCGGGAUCUUCGACAAUCGUCAAGAAACUACUGAGAAAUAAUCUAGACAAACGAAUUUAUUUUAGAUUGUAGUUGCAAUUUUCCCAUUUGACAUAUAGAAAAAAUCCUGAAAAAUUCAAA